AUGAAUAAGCGACAAGCGGCAGAAUUCUUAUUUACCAUCGCAAAAGAAAUUCAGCAAUCUUUCGCCAGUCCUGUGAUUUUCUUUACGCAAAAAGAUUAUGCCGAAAAUAUAUUUGAUGUGUACAAAAAGAUUCGUAAAGCUCUACUGGCAAAUGUUAGUCCAGAAACUAUCAUCGAUAUCGUUUACGAGUUCCACAUGGAAUGGCUGCAAGCUGUACAAGAGAUCGAAAAUUUCAAGGAAAAUUUGAAAGAAAUUCCGCGAAAUGCUAUUCUUAAAGUCAUCAGUUUUACCAUGGAAUGUGUCGAACAGAGAUACCAAGGCAUUCGAAAAUAUAUUGGGCAUAUGCAAGCUUCAAUGACGAAUGACGAAUAUUCUCUGAUGCAAACUGAUCUUUCAAUAAUUAAAGACCUACAGAAUAUUGUCAUCAGUUCUCUUACGGAGAAAUAUCACUACAUUAGUUCUCUGUCUGAUCACGCAGAUUACUAUGCUCGAAUUAACGACGAAAUAGAAGAACUUUUAUUUUGGUUAGAUAAGUUAAAUGAUAAUGUGGCCAUUGAGUUCUGUAAAAUUUUAGACUUUAAAGUGCCUUUGGGGCCUGUUAGUCUCACAACAACGCUGCAAGAAAUAGUUGAAGAAGUUGCAGCGAAUCCAAGCCCAGAAGCCAAAAAAAUACUUGAAAUAGUGCACAUAAAAGGACAAAUGUUAAGUACAUCAAUACGCCAUAGCUCCGUUAAUGAACUAGAGAUUUCUAAAAUUAUUGAGAAAAUUAGGGCACUAGAGAAUCGUAUAAAACGAUUACAGACUCAAAAUUCUUCUGCUUUAAUGGCUCUGAAGCAUAAAACGACAUUUUUGGAAGAACGUCUGCAAUCACUAGAGAAUAUAAAAAAAUCAAUAAAUAAUAUGAGACAAGGUACUGGAGACCAAGGUUUACAUGAGAACCUUAAGGAGCCUAAAGAUAUACAUAUUUUUAGUCAUUUACUACCACAUCACGAUCGUUGCCGGCUUAUUGAUAAAUUGCUACAAUUAUGGAAGAGCGCAAUGAUAGAAUCUGAACAUCAGUCGGUAAUAUCUAUACUGAGUGUGGCAGAUUUAGCUGAAACCUUCACUGAUGACAAUGGGUGUUUUACUGUAGACAAGUAUGGAAGAAAAAUUUACCGUAAUGUAGAUGAUGACCAAUUGUAUCAAUUAAAUGAACGUAAUAAACUGGUCCCUCUUCAAGAUGAUGAUAAAUGUGUAUAUUUUUAUGAUGCCUGUGGCAGAUACUACAUAAGUGAAGCAAGAAAACGGAUUUAUAAAGAUCACGAUGGUGCUAGUGAAUAUAUGCUCACCCAUACUGGAUAUCUCGUUAAAGUUUUGGAAGAAAUAGAUGGUGUACAAUAUUUUUAUGACUGGCUGGGCCGAUAUUAUAUUCGGAAAGAAGAUGGACGUCAAAUUUAUACUGAAAAAAAUUCAACGGACGAGUAUGAACAGGACGGUUUAGGUAAUUUAGUAAAAAUUCACCCAGACCCUGUUUAUUAUGAACCGUGUCCAUUGGAACCGAUAACCAUGAAAGAAAAUGAGUAUCUACAACAAGAAGUCGGCCAGGCUCUAAAAAAAUGUAUAACACAAGUGGUUUUAACACAACCUAAGGAUCCUGUCGCUUGCUUGGCUGAUUGUUUGAUCCAAUAUAGUAAAAACAUAAAGGCACAUCAGCAGCUCAUGAACAAAGAAAAAGAAAGGUUUGAACUUAGCCAACUAUUGCAUCUCAAUACCCCUAAAGAUGUUUCCGUUAUAUGUUCUAGCGCAGAAGAAGCUGAAGACUUUAACUUCAUAAAUUAUGGACGUGACACGGAUACGAGUUUUAAUACCUAUUAA